CUUCCUAAGUAAAAGACCUGGUGACGCCAUGGAUCCUGAGCGAGCCCUUUAACAAGAGUUUGAUUAGUUUCCACUUGUGUGCCCAUAUUCCUCCUACCCCCAUUUAAAAAACAAACAAACCCGUCUUCUAUCAGGAGAAUCAUCACAUCAUAGAUGUUGGGAAACCCGGUAGGUUUGCAAGGUGACAGAACAACGUGCUGGCGAAGAGGAAAAUGUUUAAGAAAAGCAAUCAUUGAACAAUUGGAAAAUAUUAAUUUUCGUUUGCUCUGACCCAUGUGAUGUAAAACCACAUCAAAGCCAAUGGCAGGCACGCUAAUUAGAAAAGGGUCGUUUUUGAUUUUUUUUAAAUAUUGUUGGGAGAUCAUUCCAUUUCUAAACUAAGAAUAAAAACGAUGUAAAGAAACAGGAAGAGGUUGAAGAGGCGAUUUGUCACUGCUCCAAAUCGCAGAUCGAGUAAGUUUCAGGUUCAGGAGUGUAAAACACCACAAACUAGCCUCUUGAAUAGUCAAAAUGUCCCACGAAACCCGAGGAAGUACCCCGCCAGUAUCUGUAACGACCGUGUACAUAGCAGGAGGGGACAUUGUUUAUGAAUGUCUCUUCACUUGAUUAUUGGUGGUGUAACUGGUGGGGGGAAAAUCUCUAUCUAUUCCAGUAGGCUGUUCCACAAGGCGGAUAAUGUGCACUCGCACUAGUCUAGCAGUUCCUUGGGGAAACUUCCCUGAGCUUCCCCUUUUUGACUGGGGUGGGAAAACAUUCUUUUAUUUCCCUGUCUACAACAGUUUAACUCUACUUCAAAUAAGCUAAAGUUCUCAGUCGCUCAGUGAGUGUGUUUGUUGAAAAGGGAACGUCUGACUUUCAUAUGUCACAGGUAAUUUUUUUAAAGGAAGAUACUUUGGGUUAAGCCCUUUCCAACUGCUAAAUAUAUUUUCUCUUUGUGUUUGGAGCCAAACAGAGUUUCCUUUGCAUUAACGAACGUUAAAUUUACUUUUCCUUUAGUACUUUUACCUUUUAAUGUAACUUAAAAUGACCUCAAGUCAUAGGCAUUCGUAAAACGCUUUCUAUAAUAUCCAUUAUUUAUUUCGUACUAAAAGAGCGUUUUAAAUAUAGGAGACCCGCCUCUGCAACGCAUUAUUAAAUUCGCCCCGUUAAGUGUGCAGUAAAAUGUGCCACUUACAGAGCUUUUUAAAUGCCACCUCAUUCUGAGGGACUGAAGGGAACUUGAGGCCAUCCUUUUCUAUCCUGCGAAUGUUUCAAAUCGCUUUCUUCUCUUCAGGUUAAGGAGAUUGAUUCAGAACUGCCAAAACUCGACUCACAAGUUGUCUGAGCAACACGGGCAAAUAUGCUCCCCAGAGUCGUGUAGCUAUGUAUUGAAAUAUACACAGAAAAAAGGGUCAGAUACAAUUCCCCACUCAUAUUUAAGACAAGAACAACACCGACCAAACCUUCACACUUGCACUAUUUAUUAAAGCUCCCCGAAGAGUCAGAAGUCAUCCCGUGACAGUCUACCACGAAAUCCUUGCAUCAGCUGUGGUUCGACCUACCAUUUGGAAAAAUUUCCAAAUAUUUAUUUGAUUGAAUAUAAAAGACUUAAUUGGGGAGUGGGAGGAGACCAGCUAGUUAGUGCGACGCCAAAGGUAUAUAGCCCUUUGUGUAUGUUGUUAUCAGGGCUCUCUAAACCCCUGCAUUAACAUAAGUAUAUACGCUACACUAUUGCUGGGUUUCUGAGUGCUGCUGCUGACAAACUUUUAAUGAGCACAUCAUGUUACUGUAGGGUGAAAACCAAACACCUUCUUAGUAAAGAAGUAGCCAGUGGCGUACUUUUUUGCAGCCAGUAGAGCAAACCCCACUGUAUUUAACACAACCGGGGACACCAACAAAGCUAUGAAGUUCUCUAAGAGGGGGAUGCAACGGAGUCAAAGAAUGAGUCUAAGUCUAAACAAGAUAACACCGAGGAGAAAUUUAACUCGAGUUGGUUUUAAAACAGUACAUGGUAUGUCAGAACAAGUCAUCAGAAACUUAUGAAGGGACCCUGGCCCUUCUCCACAUCAACACUGUAGCAUAUACUGUGUGACUGUGACAAAUGGUACAAUAGUUUCAGCAAAUAGAUGAAUGCCCAGGAACUUUGAAAGUGGCUAAGGAAAAUGUUCACGAGGAUAAUAAACAUUUUAUAGUUAACACUUCAGAACACAAUACCGUAUAUCAGCAAAAGUUUAAUAAGGGAAUUAAACACUUCUUUCUAAUCACAUACAUGGCAAUAACUGCAUCUCUUACACCUCACCUAACCUGUAAGUUUCGUGGCAAUCGGUGGGCUAGUAUUAUUCAUAAACAUGAAACUUAAUUGAAAAAUGCGUUUCUGACCUACGAAAAAGUUUAUCUGUUUUCAUUAGUGGGAUAACACUGUAAUGAAUAUAUUUACAUCUCAUUGGAGGAAAGCUAGAUCUCUCUUUGCUUCGAGCCACUGUAACCCCCGGCACCCAUCCCACCAAUGAUAAAGGAUUACUUUCAGUAUUUCCAAGUGCUGAGUGUCUGUGUGCAGUGUCUGCCUUUCCCUUUUUUCUCUUUCAGAGAGGCUGGUGUACCCUCUCUCUCUCUCUCUCUCUCUGCCUGGGGAAGUCAACCAGGAUGAGGAACAGAGCUGUCGCCUAUUAGCGCUCAUGUGAGUUGGGAAGAGAGAGUAUUUGUGUCUAAUUUCCACCCUUGUGUGUCCAGGGUUACAAUAAUCAUACACAUAGCGGCUACUAGGGAGACAGCCUGAGUCUCCAUAUUGAAAUUGACUGUACCCCCAUAGAAUGUCUGCCCGCAAUGUUGAUUAUCCAGCUAUAAGUGCUUACUGAUAGAACUGCUCUCGCUUCGGAUCUGCUGCGCCUAGAAUAUUAAAAAACCCCAAGCGAGUUGGAUUGAAGGAUCUUGUUAAUGACAAAAAAAAAAAAAUCUGGACAGUAAAUGAAAAGAAAACCAUUGCCGAUCACUCCUCAAAUUGAAAAUCCUGCCUCAUCCGGGUUUGUUUGGAGGGCGCGGGAGGUGUGUGUGGGGAUGUUAUUGUUAAAAGAUCCAGCUUUAUUAAUACGUUAAGAAAGAGCUCCCUUGGCAGUAUGUGUUCUUACAGCUCCGUCUCAGAUCCCAUAAAACAUUAAUGCACUGAAAGCUGCUACAGAGAUCAGCACCACCAGCUAGAAGCAUUGUGAAGCCUUCACCUUCGAAGGGGCUCCAUUAUGGAAACGAUUUUUUUUUAUUUAAAAAAACGGGGCUUUUGCAAACCUCUCAAAUUUUCAUUUUAUAGAGUUACAGCACAAUAAUCCAUGUAGGAUGUGUGUGUGUGAUACACGCAUACACACACACACAUAUAUACCAUCCAACGAGCAAACCUCCAGUUAGCUUUCUGUAUUAAUGGGAUGGGAAUACCCUUUACAUUUAGUGACUGGAGGAGAGAAAAACAAUAAUACCGAUCCUGUCAGCAGAAGAUAGCAAAUGCAGCACACAAUCAGACCACACAGUGUUGGGUCUUUGAAUUCUUGGGAAAAAUCCCACUAGGCUUUUAACAAACGAAUAACAGGCAAAAUAACUACAGUAUACCUUAUAUUGCACAUUACUGCACAGUGAUGGUAGAAUACAGUGACUCCAAACCUUGCCCAGGAAUUCUAAAAGGAAAUAGCACUGUCUAAACUUAGCAGAAGCUUCAACUGACAAGAAAGGUUUUUCAAAAUGCGUUGACCAGGGUAUAUGCACUUAGCUUUGUGAUACAAUCGCAGAUAAAUUGAUUCAUCUAUGAUACUGAACUGUUUGUGUUCGCAUCUGUCUCUUAAAUCCUAAAUGUACACAAUCAAAUCAGUUUUGGAACACUGUGUGUUUUAUACAACUUUGUAGCCCCCCUACAAGUUUUUAAAAGUUCUCCCAUUUAAUCCCACUGGAAGUUAAAAGCGAGGGAGUAUACGUUUGUAAACUCUGUUGGCAUGGUCAAGCAACAAGACUAAUGUUUUUUUUGCUAAAUUCUUUUAUUUUUGUUUAAAUUCUCACUUCAAUUUUAAUUCUUGAAGAACAGCUUCGACAACAUAUAUCGCACUCAUUAUAAGAAGCAAAGGGUUAUAUCAAAAAUUAUUAGUAUAGAAUCACAGGAAACCUGGUUUGGAACCAGAAAAAAAUACAAAACAGAUAUAGAUACAUAGACACAGGACAAUUGUUUUUUAUAAUUAUUUGGAAAAUGUUAUUUUCCCCUAAUUCUUGUUUCUUUUUUCUUUAUGCGCAUACGAUGUUUUAAAUUUUACCAAAAAAUGAAAAUAAAGACUAAUAUUUUACAAAAUGGAUAACAAUGUUCGUGGUAAGUGUUUGCGUGUGUGUGUUUUCUACACAAGAUUCAGUUCAGCGUCAAUAUUUUUUGUUUGUUUCUUUGUUUCUGUACAGAAUAUAUCCACAUCAGUCCACAAUACAUUCUGGAAGAUCCAUUAUUCUCCUUCUGGUUUUAUUAAAAUCCCCUCGGUCCUUUUUCCAAAAUUUUCCACAGACACAAGGUCCUUUCUUUUCCUUUCAAACAUGGUCACAGAUCUGAUCCUACACGAGUCUUUAUUUUUUUUUGUUUAUUGUCUGCUUUCCCCCCCUCUCUGCACCCCAACUUUACUCGGUUCGUAUAUUUCUGUUUGUGUUGGUCCUCAGUGUCUCUAUGGGGGUGUUGGCUGUGCUCUAGGAACACUGGAUAGACAUGUAAGGCCAGUUGAAGCUGCUCCCAGACAGUAA